AUGGCGCGCGGCGAACGCGGCUUUAUCAUCCGGGGCUGGGCUCCGCAGAUGCUGAUCCUGUCCCACCCGGCAGUGGGCGGGUUCGUGAAGAACUGCGGAUGGAACUCGACGCUGGAGGCCGUGAGCGCCGGCGUGCCUAUGGUGACGUGGCCGCGCUACGCCGACCAGUUCUACAACGAGAAGCUGGUGGUGGAGCUGCUCAAGGUCGGUAUCGUCGUGGGGUCCGUGGACUACGCGUCGAAGCUGGAGACACGGCGUGUGAUCGGCGGCGAGGUGAUCGCGGAGGCCAUCGGGAGAGCGAUGGGCGACGGCGAGGACGCGGAGGCAAUACGGGUGAAGGUCAAGGAGCUCGGCGAGAAGGCUAGGCGCGCCGUGGCCAAGGGUGGGUCAUCUUACAAUGAUGUCGGACGGUUAGUGGACGAGCUGAUGGCUCGCAGGAGCUCCGUCAAUGGCUGA